GGACUUGAAGCCUAUGGGAUGGCUUUAGGGCUCUGCCCCUCGCUUUUGGCUCUCUCUCUCUCUCUUUCUCAUUCUCUCUCGUGCUUUGAUCUCUGCUUAACAACAGUAACGUCACAGGGACUAUACAGGAGAGUUUUGUUGGAAGUUAGAAAGUUUUUCAGCCUCCAGAGGGCUGUAGCGGCAGUAGCAGCAGCAGCAUCCAAGGGACUCCUGGAAGGGGAAGAGAGAGAGCGAGCGAGAGACUGACUCAGUCCUUGAGGAACUGACUCGAGACGAAGGAGGCAGACAUGGAACAUCAGCUGCUGUGCUGCGAGGUGGAGACCAUCCGACGAGCCUACCUGGACGCCAACCUGCUUAAUGACAGGGUGCUGCAGACCAUGCUGAAGGCGGAGGAGACCUGCUCGCCCUCGGUGUCCUACUUCAAGUGCGUGCAGAAGGAAAUCUUGCCAUAUAUGAGGAAAAUAGUCGCCACUUGGAUGCUGGAGGUCUGCGAGGAGCAGAAGUGCGAAGAGGAAGUUUUCCCCUUGGCGAUGAAUUAUUUGGACAGAUUUUUGUCGUUCGAACCCCUCAAGAAAAGCCGGUUGCAAUUGCUCGGAGCUACCUGCAUGUUUGUGGCUUCCAAAAUGAAGGAAACGAUUCCUCUGACCGCGGAAAAACUGUGCAUUUAUACCGACAACUCCAUCAGACCCGACGAGUUACUGCAAAUGGAGCUGCUGCUGGUGAAUAAGCUGAAAUGGAAUCUGGCUGCAAUGACCCCCCACGAUUUCAUUGAACAUUUCCUCACUAAAAUGCCUCUGGCAGAGGACACCAAACAGAUCAUCCGUAAACAUGCUCAGACUUUUGUGGCUCUGUGCGCUACAGAUGUUAAAUUUAUUUCAAACCCACCUUCCAUGAUCGCAGCUGGCAGUGUGGUAGCAGCUGUGCAAGGCCUGCAUCUGGGGAACACUAACACUUUCCUCUCCUAUCAAUGCCUCACACAUUUCCUAUCACAAGUUAUCAAAUGUGAUCCGGAUUGUUUACGAGCCUGCCAAGAACAGAUUGAAUCCCUCCUUGAAUCCAGUCUACGCCAGGCACAGCAGCACAACGUAUCUUCAGAAACAAAGACUGUAGAGGACGAAGCAGACCUUUCCUGCACACCCACUGAUGUGCGAGAUGUGAACAUUUAAGAGGACUUCUUCUAAUGGGUUUGCUUGGCAAGAGAAGCAGACAAAGAAAGGGCAUCUGAGAAGGAAUCAGCAUCGGGAUCUCCCCCCCAGAAACCCUUUUCUCCAGGACAUUUUUAUACCAGAAGGGAAAACCAGUCUUGUUAUAUUUUUUCUUGCUCUGUCUCCCUUCCAUCUGUGACUUCAAACAAACAAAUAAACAAAAAAUACCCCAAAAACUGUCUUAAAAAAGGAAAAAAAUAGUAUUUGCAUUGCCCCCAGGGGUUUGUGCUACAAAAAUAGAGGAUUUUAUACAAUAAUAAUCAACUAGUUUUUAUAUUAAAGUGUUCUUGUCUGUAUGUUGUAAAAAUAGGCAUUAACACACAAAAUGUCUCCAGGGGAGGUAUUAGAUUUGAUUUCUUACAUAUAAAACCAACCAACCAACCAACCAUUUUUAAAGUAGAAGAGGGUUUUUUUAGAUAGUAAAUGAAAUA